AUGCUGUCGCAUGCCGACCUCCUGGACGCUCGGCUCGGGAUGAAGGAUGCCGCGGCGGAGCUGCUCGGACACAGGGACGCGUUGAAGUGCCGCCUCGGGGGAGGAGGGCCCGGGGACCCGGGGCACACAGCCGAGCUCGGGCCGGGCUCCGACGGCCAUGUUGAAGGAGCGACCAUGCUGCCGGGAGAGGACAUCAACAACGGCGGCUCAACCGGUGGGUCCGCGGUGCAGGUGAACGCUAAAGGGGAGCAGGAGAAACAACAGCAGAACAACUCGAGCAGCGGAGGAGGAGGGCAGCAGAGCCAGAAACAGAAGCGCCACCGGACCCGCUUCACGCCGGCCCAGCUCAACGAAUUAGAAAGGAGCUUCGCCAAGACGCACUACCCGGACAUCUUUAUGAGAGAGGAACUGGCACUGCGGAUCGGCCUCACGGAGUCCCGCGUGCAGGUCUGGUUCCAGAACCGCCGCGCCAAGUGGAAGAAGCGCAAGAAGACCACCAACGUGUUCCGCAGCCCGGGGACCCUGCUGCCGACCCACCACGGCCUGCAGCAGUUCCCAUCCGCCGCAGCGGCCGCGGCAGCGAUGGGCGACAGUCUUUGCUCUUUCCACGCGAACGACACCCGCUGGGCCACGGCGGGGAUGCCCGGCGUGUCCCAGCUGCAGCUGCCGCCUUCGCUGGGCCGUCAGCAGGCCAUGGCGCAAUCGCUGUCGCAGUGUAGUCUGGGCGCCGGGCCGCCGCACAACUCCAUGGGCCUCUCCAAUAUGUCCUCUAACGGCUCCGGGCUUCAGUCCCACCUAUACCAACCCUCCUUUCCCGGCAUGGUACCCGGGUCUCUUUCCGGACCGAACAACGUGAACGGCUCGCCUCAGCUCUGUAAUUCCCCGGACAGUGACAUGUGGAGAGGGACCAGCAUCGCGUCGCUGCGACGCAAGGCCCUGGAGCAUACAGUGUCCAUGAGCUUCACCUAA